CACACACACACACGCAGGGAGCGGAGGCUUUAGUGUGGGUGUGGUAGUCGGCGAUGGAGCGUAUUCAGAGCGGUAGUGACUGGUUGUCCCCGAAUGACUUUCAACAGCCCCUUGAAUGGGUCUGAGCUUGGUGCAUUGAGGAGGCAGAAGUGAGUGAGGAAAAGGGCGGUGGUAUAAAUAACCAGAGAAGAUCCACCCCCUCUGCGAUUCAGGUUUGGCCCUUUUGCAGGUUUCCCGAAACAUUUCUCUGCCUGGCAUCGGCGGCGAUGGUUCGUUAGUCGGCGAUAAAAAAAACAACAACAACAACAACAACAAAAAAAGCCCCAACAACCCGAAGACAUAUGGAAAUAGCGAGAAAACGGGGGGGCAUCUCUCACCGGCGGCGACACGUGCUCCUCUCCUCUCCCCCUCCUCACAUGAGUUCUUGAAGAGGGAGGGCAGGGCAGCUUGUGCAUCUCAUCGUCUUCCUCAUCUGGCGUCGGAGGGGCACAGCCCGUGUGUGAGCCAUGACUCUGAGCUCAGAGAUGUCGGAUGCCUCCAUCCUUUCGGAAGAGACCGACAUAGACGUGGUCGGCGAAGGGGAGGACGGGGACAACCAGACGCGCUCCUACGUGGACGAGGUGGCGCAGAUGCACGACGGAAUCCUCCUGGCCGGCUCUCCUCCACCGUGCCUGGACAGCUCCACCUCCUCAAGGGAUGCCUACAAGCCGGCGGGCAAGAACACCCUGGUGAAGCCCCCUUACUCCUACAUCGCCUUAAUCACCAUGGCCAUCCUGCAGAGCCCCAAGAAGAGGCUCACCCUCAGCGAGAUCUGCGACUUCAUCAGCAACCGCUUCCCGUACUACCGGGAGAAGUUCCCGGCCUGGCAGAACUCCAUCAGACACAACUUAUCCCUCAAUGACUGCUUCGUCAAGAUACCGAGGGAGCCCGGGAACCCUGGCAAGGGCAACUACUGGACCUUGGACCCGGAGUCGGCUGACAUGUUUGACAACGGGAGCUUUCUGAGGCGAAGGAAACGCUUCAAGCGGCAGCAGACGCAGGACUUGCUGCGGGAACACAACAGUUUUAUCCCCGCCGCUGCUGCGUAUGGGUACGGACCGUACGGCUGCGGAGGAUACGGCAUCCAGAUCCAGUCCUACCACACACACUCUGCGCUUUUUGCUUUUCAGCAGCAGCAGCAGCAGCAGCAGCAGCAGCAGCAGCACUCCAGGCAUUCACAUUCACACUCGGGAACCAUUAUCCCCGCGCCGUCUUUGAUGCCCACCACCACGGACUUAGCCAGGAGUAGGUUUUAUCCCCAGCUCAGCUCCAGCCUGGGCUCAGCCAGCGUGCAGGCUGCAGCCCAGGCGCAGAAGUCCAGCUCUCCGGCGCAGCGCUCUCCCUUCUCCAUAGAGAGUAUCAUAGGGGGGUCGCCGAGCCCCUCCAGGACUUCCCCGGUCCUUGUCCCGGUCUUACCGUCCUCCCUGGGGCCUGCAGCGGCCGGCCAGCCGCAGACCGUCCAUCACGGAACUGUUUUACACCCGGCCGAAAACUUUCCGAGCAGAGUGGUCAGCGGCACUAGCGGCUGUUAAAUGUCUGAACUCCAAACUUUUCAAGAAACUAAAAAAAAAAAAAGAGAGAAACAGCAACAAAAACAAAAAACGCCCCCUCUUUGAAGGUAGGAUUAUUUUUGUAUGUUUAUUUGAUAGCACGCAGCUGAAUGAUGGACAUAAAAACACAAUUUGUGCCUAUAUUCACGCUGUUUUAAAAAAAGAGAUAUUUAUGUUCAUUUUUUCUUCGGUGUGAAUCAGACUUUUGACCACGAACUUUCCUUGUCUUUUUUACCAUGAAGUGAUUCGUUUCAGUCACUGUUUAGGGCGUUCUCAGGAUAAUGACUUAAUGAACAGGUUAUGAAUGAUCACAUGUUUAAAAUAGGCUAAUAAUGUAUU